GCCAGGGCGGGCGGAAGCGUGCGGCGCCCGCCAUGAGCCGUUUCGGGGGCCGCACGCGCGAGUACCCGGUGCUGUCCAUCGACCGCUUCGACCACGACAACCUGCGCGCGCGGGCCUUCUUCCUGUCGCACUGCCACAAGGAUCACAUGAUGGGGCUGCGGGCUACCGCCCUGAAGAGGCGGCUGGAGGGCAGCUUGAAAGUUAAACUCUACUGCUCACCAGUAACUAAGGAAUUGUUGUUGACUAACUGGAAAUACAAGUUUUGGGAGAAUCAUAUUGUUGCAUUGGAAGUUGAAACACCAACUCAGAUUUCUUUAGAAGAUGAAACAUCUGGUGAGAAAGAAGAUGUAGUGGUGACACUUCUGCCAGCUGGUCACUGUCCAGGUUCAGUCAUGUUUCUGUUUGAAGGUGAGAAUGGCACUGUGUUGUACACAGGGGAUUUCAGGCUUGCAAAAGGAGAAGCAGCCAGAAUGGAGCUUUUGCAUUCAGGGACCAGCGUAAAAGACAUCCAGAGUGUGUAUUUGGACACCACUUUUUGUGAUCCUAAAUUUUAUCACAUACCAAGCCGGGAGGAAUGUUUAAAUGGGAUCUUGGAGUUGGUGCGAAGCUGGACCUCACUGUCUCGUAAUCAUGUUGUGUGGCUGAACUGCAAAGCUGCUUAUGGAUAUGAGUAUUUAUUCAUAAACCUCAGUGAGGAACUUGGAAUCAAGGUGCACACAAACAAACUUGAUAUGUUCAGGAACAUGCCAGAAAUCCUGUGCCACGUUACCACAGACCAGUGCACGCAGAUUCACGCCUGUCGGCAUCCUCGGGAUGAUGACUGCUUUCGAGGGAACAGACUGCCCUGUGGGAUGACUUGUCUCAAUGGAACUCCCCUGCACGUAAUCAGCAUCAAACCCUCCACAAUGUGGUUUGGGGAAAGGAAAAAGAAAACCAGUGUAAUAGUGAGGACUGGGGAGAGAACGUACAGAGCUUGUUUCUCUUUCCACUCUUCGUACAGUGAGAUCAAGGAUUUCCUGAGCUAUAUCUGUCCUGUGAAUGUGUAUCCCAAUGUACUGCCAGUGGGUGGGACAGAGGACAAAGUUAUGGAAAUAUUAAAGCCAUUGUGCAGGUCAUACAGGAGAAUCAUGGAACCCAGGUACAAGCCCUUAGGAACACUGAAGAGACCCCACAAGAGAGAAUUAUCUGACACAGAUGAAGAUGAUCUCUUUGAUUCAGAAUUAAUUUCUACAAGGCCUAAGAUUCCAAAACAGCAGAGAGGAGAGUGCAGGCCCUCCAGCAUAGGACAGGCUGAAAACUCUGAAGGAAACAUAAAUGAGAGCACAGAAAGUUACAGAGGGACCACAACUUACACCUCCCUCAAGGUAGACUUCCUGGACUGUGAAGAAUCAAAUGAUGAUGAUGAUGAAGAUGAUGAAGAAGAACCUGAAAAAAAUACAGUUCAAUUUCUUUCCCAUGAGCCAAAUGCCACUUCCACAGCCAAUUUCAAUGGAGUAGCUAGUGACCAGCAGGAGUCUAAUGCCAGUGUCCCUUGCUGGGAUGAAUUUUUUACAGGUAAUAAACUAGAGGAGAGCUCUGAAAAUGAGGACAACCUCCCAUCUUCAGCAGAUGCUGGCGGGUCCCAGUCUCUCUUCAGCGAUUCAGAUGGAGUAAGUGACUCAACACACAUCUCCUCCCAAAAUUCUUCUCAGUCAACACACAUAUCAGAGCAGGGGAGCCAGGGCUGGGACAGCCAAAUGGACACAGUGCUCAUCACCUCCCAGGAGCGAAGUGCCCUGGAGCUCAGCACAGGUGGGAGCAGAGCAGUGGUGCCUGUGCUGCAGGAGAGUCCCAGGGACACUCAGCUGGACAGCAGCAGGGAGAAGCCACCAGGUCAGGACAGACCUUGUGCCCACGAUGGUGCCUGUGGUCUGAAAAGCAAAGGCUGUGAGAAAGCUGCAGAAGAUGGCACUGCCCACGUUCAGGAUGUGCUGGCAGAAAUAAGUGACAGCUCCAGGACUCCUGAUCUGGAGCUGAGGUGGGACUCCCAGAGCUCCUCUGACUUUGAAAUUCCCUUGACUCCUGGUGCUGAAGCACCUCAGCCAGAUAAACUGCACCAUUUAUACAAGAAGCUUGCAGCAGGUGAAAAUAUAAUCAGUGAGAAAAAAGUCUCCUGAGAACAGGUAUAACUGAUUACCUUGUGGUAAUACCCAGCAUGUCUAUUAAUACCUGAAUUAUUUUUCCCUUUCCUGCUGGUUACUGUCUGCAGCUAUGCUGAGUCAUGCUUAAUUCAGAAGUAUCUUACUGUCAGAACCAGGAAUUUGCAGCCUGUGUACCUUUACUGUUCCUUCCAUGAAAUACUGAAAAGGAAGUAUUCCCAGGAGGGACAGUAAAAGCCUUCUACCUCCCAAGGUUCAAUUCUCCAAGACUGUAAGUAGACAAAAAAUGGCCAGACAAAACUAAGGGUAAGACACUAAAUGAAAUUUAGUGUUUAUCAUAAGCUCUAAGGGUUUGCCUUUGUAAUGUGAUCUCAGGUUUUAAGAAAAUAGCACACUAUUAACUGUGGGGAGGAAGACCUAAGAAUGACCAUGCAAACAAGGCAGUUGUAAUUUGGCUUUAAUCCCCAUUAUCGUUGUUUGUCAUUGUUAUAACAAUUUAAUCAGUACCCACUGCAGUUAUUUUUAAAAAUAACUGCAGAACAGAUUAGAGAAUUACUGAGGUUGUGAGGGGGGUUUUAAUUUGUUUUAAAUCAAAUUGUUCAUUUCAAAAAGUCUCUCUUGACACUGAGCUUUAACUCCUGAGUUAGGUACUGCAGACUGCUGUCUAUGCUUCACCUCCAAUUGCAAACAACUUGUCAUCACUUCCUCUGUGUUCUGGUUUGUUCUGAAUUUCUUCAGAAAAAUUUAAAAUCCUGUGGUUCCCAAGUUACCAGCCCUGUCCUGCUCUGGCAGGGAACUCAGCCACAGAAGGUAACCUGGUGUCCCAGACAGGCUCUUGUACUACAAAACUUCACCUCCUCUGCAACACUCUGUAGACUUCACUGUUUUAAAUCAAGACAAUAUAUUUUCCAUGCACAUGUGCCAUCAUAACUGCCAAAAUUCUUAGCUUCUAACAUAGAAAUGUAAUUCAAGUUUUUCCUAAACUAGAGUGCCUACAAAAUAUCUAAACCACAGAAGUCAUCUAAAAAUCCCUGAGCUUUUCCAUCCAUGGUUUUAAGUCCCAAAGAAUUGAACAUAAUUUAGCACAACAUCCUUCCCCUCUGAGUGUGCCUUCAGUUGUUGUGCCAUGUUUAGUGACAUGUGAAUGUUAAACCAACCAGCAUUCUGCCACAGGGAACAGAGGCAGGAGGGACAAAGCACUGCCAUAAUCUGUGUAUGAUUCUAAGGAUAUUAAAGAGCCAGUAUUUCUCCACUGUCACCUUUCCUGCUGUUCGUGGGAUCUGUUAACCUAAAUUCCAAAUGUGAUCUACCAACUUUGGGGUUUUUUUAACAAGCCUGAGUGAAUGGAACUGCUGUUGGAACUACCUCUGUGCAUAAAGUCAGACAAAACAGAACUUCUUCUGUCGGCUCAUUUCAUACCUGCAUGUAAGUUCAAGGCUGCCUUGAACAGAAUGCUCAAAUAUACAGGAAUCCAGUCUGUUCAGGCAAGUGUAAAUUUAUACCAGUUCUCACCAGCCCUAAACUGAAACCAUCCCUCCCUCAUGGUCCCUCUGCUGGAAUCCUUACACUCCUAGAAAAUUUGGGUACAAGCCAGGAUUUAAGAGGUUGUGGUCUUAAAGCAAAUGCUACAACUAAUUUUGACAGGCUAAUUUUUUUAAAAAAAUGACAACAACAAGAGAAAAACUAAAUUUAAUUUAUUUUAUCAAAAACUAUAGGAAGACAGCAAUACUAGAGA